GACCAGGGCAGGCUUCGGGUUGCUCGAGGGCCGGCAGCCACUUUGGGGGCCUGGCGGCAAUCGGGGGUUGUUCUGGAACUAUGGCUUCCUCCCCCUCGUCUUUUCUUUGUGUUCUGGAUCCCUGACCCCAGCAGCCCCGAGUGAAGUGAUUCAGCAGCUUGGCUCAUUUCCUUCGCGGCUCCGAAGGCAGAAAGGGGCUGAGCUUGGGCUGUGUGUGUAUGUGUGUAAGUGUUUGCGUGUGAACACACCAGCAUGGGCCGGAGAUCGGGAACCCUGGGCUGCCCUGACUGACCCCUGAGGACUCUAGUGUCCCAAGUCAGCUGGGACUGGGAAAGCCCCAAGCUGAAGUUUCCUGUUUGAUUUGGGGAGGAAGCCUCCUUGUCUUUGCUCAGCUGGGACCUGCCAUGUCCGGAGGGAUGAAGUUUAAUGGGUACAUGAAGGUGCGCAUUGGGGAGGCUGUGGGGCUCCAGCCCACCCGCUGGUCACUCCGGCAUUCCCUGUUCAAAAAGGGAUACCAACUCCUGGACCCCUACAUCACAGUGAGUGUGGACCAAGUACGGGUGGGACAAACCAGCACCAAGCAGAAGACCAACAGACCUACUUACAAUGAGGAGUUUUCUGCCCCUGUCAACGAUGGGCGCCAGCUGGAGCUGGCAGUCUUCCAUGGCACCCCUAUUGGCUACGAUGACUUUGUGGCUAAUUGCACGGUGCCCUUUCACGAUCUGCUUCAUGGCACAGGGUCUUCUGACAGCUUUGAAGGAUGGGUGGACCUGGAACCUGAAGGGAAAGUAUUUAUAGCAAUAACCCUCUCAGGCAACUUCACUGAAGGAACACUCCAGAGGGACAGAAUCUUUAAAAACUUCACACGGAAACGCCAACGGGCCAUGCGCAGGAGAGUUCACCAAGUCAACGGACACAAGUUUAUGGCAACUUACUUGCGGCAACCAACGUACUGCUCACACUGCCGGGAAUUUAUCUGGGGAGUAUUUGGAAAGCAGGGAUACCAGUGCCAAGGUACAGUGCUGAGAAAAUUUGGGGUGCUGCCUUGCAAAAAGCAACUCAUGACAAUUGAAUCUUUACAGAAGUUAGUUUCCAGAUCAACGUUGAGACGCCAGAAAAAAGACAGCACAAAGGAUGGCAAUGGGAUGGUUGAAGUCUCAGCCAGUAGGCUUAAAAUUGAAGAUCUGAUAUUCAUCAGGGUGCUGGGAAAGGGCAGUUUUGGAAAGGUAAUGCUGGCUAAAACAAAAGAGACAGGAUAUCUGUAUGCCAUCAAAGUGCUGAAGAAAGAUGUCAUUCUUCAAGAUGACGAUGUGGAGUGUACCCUAACAGAGAAGCGGAUCCUGACUUUGGCAAGAAAUCAUCCUUUCCUCACUCAGCUUUUCUGCUGUUUUCAGACCGCUGAUCGCCUCUUCUUUGUUAUGGAGUUUGUGAAUGGAGGCGAUUUGAUGUUCCACAUCCAGAAAUCCCGUCGCUUUGAUGAAGUCCGAGCCCGGUUCUAUGCUGCAGAAAUCAUUUCAGCUCUCAUGUUCCUUCACGAGAGAGGCAUCAUUUACAGAGAUCUGAAACUGGAUAAUGUGCUGCUGGAUCAUGAGGGCCACUGCAAGCUGGCAGAUUUUGGAAUGUGCAAAGAAGGAAUCCAUGAUGGGAUCACCACCGCAACAUUCUGUGGAACCCCUGACUAUAUUGCUCCAGAGAUUUUGCAGGAGAUGCUUUAUGGUCCCGAGGUUGACUGGUGGGCGAUGGGGGUACUCCUGUAUGAGAUGCUUUGUGGCCAUGCUCCAUUUGAAGCGGAAAAUGAGGAUGACCUAUUUGAAGCUAUCCUCAAUGAUGAAAUUGCCUACCCAACAUGGCUUCAGGAAGAUGCAGUGACAAUCUUGAAAGCUGUAUGUAUAUCCUAAUUUUUAUUUUUGUUUGUAGUAGUUUCCUCUAUUUAAUGUGCUUUGUAAGACAGGCAUGAAAACACUGAAGCCAGAUUAGAUUUUAACUCAAUGCACACAUACAAGAGAAAAACCAAUGUGGUAUAAAUGCAAAAAUAAAAUCUUUUAAAACCCUAGAAAAGAGACAUAUCUUAGCUGGAUGGGGAGUAAAAAUAAUGGUAAAAUCUCCAACUUGGCCUUAA